UAACGGACGGAGAGCGUCGUCUUUCUUUUCGGUGUACAGUAGCUUUUACAAGCAGUGGCUUAGUGCAGCGGUCUGUUUGUAAACAUAUUUUCUACAUUUUUGAUAAAGAUGUGAUUUUAUUGUUCACGGACUAGUUAGUUGCACGCCGGAGCCGGUGGAGCGAAGCCGGGUAGAGACUUUAUUUCCCAGUUGCGCUUGAAGGCGUCCCCUGCCUGUGAGGAUGAGCAUCGCUAGGCAGUUGUGCUCCAGGUUUGCAUUUGGUCCAGCUAGCGAGUCCUGCAGAAGAAAGUUUUUCACUUCCCAACACACCAUGGCGUCUCGACACGGCAACUCCAGGAGGAUCGAGGGACUGGACAAGAACGUGUGGGUGGCCUUCACCUCGCUGGCGGCCGACCCGUCCGUGGUUAACCUGGGCCAAGGCUUUCCGGACGUGGAGCUGCCGCCGUACAUCAAGGAGGCGCUGGUGGAGGCGGUGUCGGUGGACAAGAUGAACCAGUACACCCGGGGCUUCGGACACCCCGCUUUGGUGAAGGCGCUCUCCCAGGUGUACGGGAAGGUGCAGGGGCGCCAUAUUGACCCCAUGAAAGAAGUCCUGGUCACCGUCGGAGGGUACGGCUCCUUGUUCUGCACCAUGCAGGGUCUGGUGGACCCGGGGGACGAGGUGAUCGUCAUAGAACCUUUCUUUGACUGCUACGUGCCCAUGGUCCGCAUGGCCGGCGCCACGCCCGUCCUGGUCUCGCUACGCCCGAAACCGGGGAGGAAAACCGCCUCCAGCGCCGACUGGUUCCUGGACCCCGAGGAGCUGGCCGGUAAAUUCACCUCCAAAACCAAGGCCAUCAUCGUCAACACCCCGCACAACCCCGUGGGGAAGGUGUUCACCAGAGAGGAGCUGCAGGUGAUCGCUGACUUGUGCCUCAAACACGACACGCUGUGCUUCAGUGACGAGGUCUACGAGUGGAUCGUCUACCGCGGGUGCCAGCACCUGAAAAUGGCCACUUUGCCGGGCAUGUGGGAUCGAACCAUCACCAUCGGCAGCGCGGGGAAGACGUUUAGCGUGACCGGAUGGAAGCUGGGUUGGUCCAUCGGACCCCAGCACCUGAUCAGGCACCUUCAGACCGUCAUGCAGAACACGCUGUACACCUGCCCCACACCUUUGCAGGAGGCCGUGGCGCAAAGUUUGCUGCGUAACUACGAGAUGAUGGGUCAGCCCGAGUGCUACCUGACCUCUCUGGCCGAGGAGCUGGAGGAGAAGAGGGACCGCCUGGCUGCCAUCCUGCAGGAGGCGGGGUUGUCGCCGAUCGUCCCCGAGGGAGGCUACUUCAUGCUGGCGGACGUCACGGCGCUCAAUCAGAACUUGUCUCACAUGGGUGAUGACGAGGCCUACGACUACAAGUUUGUCAAGUGGAUGAUUAAAGAAAAGAAACUGGCGGCCAUUCCUGUCACAGCAUUCGUGGGGGAGGAGUCCACCAAGUUCUUUGAGAAAUAUAUCCGGCUUUGCUUCAUCAAGAGAGACAGCACUCUGGCAGCAGCAGAGAGCAUCCUGAGGAAGUGGAAGGACACUGAAGUCAAGAAGGAAAGCUGAGCAGGACACUGAAGUCAAGGCAGGGAUUGGUUUUGAUUUUUGACCAUUCCUCCAAGGUAAUGUUGAUGGUGUGCCACAGGGUUCUGUUCCACUUUCAAUCUGUGGAGACACAAAAAGUAUCAUAUCCAGUUUGACAGAGCAGUAACAACAAAGCCAUGAUAAAAACAUUUGUGUUAUACAAUAACCUCCUUAGCAACUAAAUGCCACUUUUUACACCUCGCAACUUGAAGAAACGUUCUAGAAUGACACAAGAUCAUUAACAGUAGGAAUGUUGUGUUCUAGUCUGCGUUAUAAUCUGCUGGGGUUUCUUAAUAAAUCAAAUGUUCUCUGC